GCGAACAAGGACAUGUCUCUGCGGGCGUUUGGACAAGCCAAUAAAAAGCAGUACGAGUGCUCCCCACAGCAUCGCGCACGCCUUGUGGGACAGAAAGCAAGGCUGUUCUCAUGUUCUACCGGCCGUAGAGGAAGUCCUCUUGUGCUACAUCAAGGAGAAGGCGAGGAGGAAGAUGAACUGAUGGCCAUCUCUGAAGCUGAAUCUCCUCUUCUUGCGGAUGGUGACGGUGGCUUUCUCGUGGACAACACCAUGGGCUUCAAAGGCCACCGAGCUGUCGGCGGCUGGAGGUCCUCAGCCUUCCUAAUUGGUUCUGAGGUGUGCGAGAAGCUUGCUUCCUGGGGAGUGGUCUCCAAUCUCAUUAACUACCUCACGGGACCUCUGCAUCAGUCCAACGCUAUGGCGGCAGCGAAUGUGAACAUUUGGCUGGGUGUGUUGGCUAUGCUGCCUCUGUUGGGGGCGUAUGUGGCUGACGCCUAUUUAGGCCACUACAUGACCAUUCUCAUAUCUGGCCUGCUUUACUUGCUUGGUUUGGGAUUCUUGACUUUAUCUAUGGUGCUUCCAUUUGGUUGUGGUGGUAGCGACCGUUCAAGAUGUGCUUCCCCACCAGAGAUUCAAGUGGCCUUCUUCUUCUUCUCCCUUUACUUGGUUGCGUUAGGAGCCGCAGGGCACAAGCCAUGCUUGCAGGCAUUUAGUGCAGACCAGUUUGACGAGAGUGAUCCUAAGGAGAAGAGAUCCAAGAAUUCUUUUUUCAAUUGGUGGUGUUUUGCAUCUUAUCUUGCGGGUCUGAUCUCCAUAUUGGCCCUAAAUUACGUUCAAGAAUAUCUGGGUUGGGGACUCGAAUACGGUGUUUCGUGCAUGUUCAUGGCAUCUUCACUGGCAAUUUUCUUGGUUGGCACCUUCACCUACCGGUUUAAAUUAGCCCCAGAAAGAAACCCUUUCACAAAGAUUGCGCAGGUGUUUGUUGCCGCUAUACGUAAAUCCAAAUGGCCCAUGGAAGAAUCAAAUUGCUCCACUGGUACUAAUGGGCAGUUCGGGUUCUUAAAUAGAGCUGCAAUUCAGGUGAACUCAGAACCUUCUUCAUGUAAGAGGACCAACUGGAUAAUAUGCUCAGUUGAACAAGUCGAAGAGGUAAAGGGAGUUUUACGCUUGAUUCCCAUAUGGGCUGCAUGUUUGGCAUAUGGAAUUUUUCCUCCCCAGUCAUCCACUUUCUUUACAAAACAAGGUUCCACCAUGGACAGAAAAAUCGGACCAAAUUUCUCUAUUCCAGCAGCGGCCUUACAGUGCUUCAUUGCUAUGACUGUAGUUAUCUUCCUCCCUAUCUAUGACAGAAUCCUCGUUCCAGUUGCAAGGAGUUUCACGGGCCUUCCUUCUGGCAUAACACUGCUGCAGAGGAUAGGAACCGGUAUGUUUUUGUCAAUAUUGGCUUUGACAGUGGCAGCUCUGGUAGAGCUGAAGAGGCUGAAGAUUGCCAGAGAUUCAGGUCUGGUGGACCUGCCUAUGGUGACUCUGCCCAUGAGCAUAUUUUGGCUGUUACCCCAAUACGUGCUGUGUGGUGCUUCUGAGGGCUUUGCAGUGGCGGGAAUGCAACAGUUCUUUUAUGAUCAGAUGCCGGAGAGUCUACGGAGUGCUGGAGUGGCGCUUUAUAUUAGUGUGUAUGGAUUAGGCUGCUUGUUGAGUGGCUUUCUUGUUUCUCUGGUGGAGAAACUGACCAAGGAAACAAGGGGAGGCAGUUGGUUCUCAAACAAUCUUAACAAAGCUCAUCUCGAUUACUACUAUUGGGCCUUGGCUGGACUUAAUGUUCUUGGCUUGUGCGUGUUUCUGUUCUCUGCUCAAUCAUAUGUUUACAGGAGCAAAACAUGCUUCUUGCAGUGAUGCGUGUCAGCACCCCGGGGCCAAUUUUCACAGAAAUGAAGCGUAGAAAUGAGCGGUAAUAACUGCUAUUUCUCUGGAGCAUGUGGUGAAGCGAUCCCCUACUCAUUCAUUACAAACAAAGUGUAAAGGAUCUUAUGAUUUUGUUUCUGCUGAUUUUCACAUUUACUGCACCACUGUGACUAUUAUGCCUGUUGUAUGGCUUGGCAGUUGCAAGCACAACACAGCGGCAGCGGCACUGAAAAAGUAUUUUAGUAUGAACUUUAGUAUGGAAAUAUGUAAAUAAAGAUUCAGUUUGAUAGAA